AUGGCGAGCGUCUCGGCCGCUUCCUCUCGGAGUAGACGUCAGGCGCCAUUUAUUAAUUCAACCCUCCCCAUCCCCGCAAGCCCACGUUUCCGAAUCCACCAACUCCUCCACGCCGCGUCGAGAUCGCUCACGCCUUCGCUUCCAGCAACUCCAUCACUCAGCCCACCCGCCGGAGCAAUGGGGAGCACGGGGCGUGAGCCGGAGGUGACCCGCGCCGACUUCCCCGACGGUUUCGUCUUCGGCGUCGCCACCUCCGCGUACCAGAUUGAGGGAGCGAGAAGGGAGGGAGGCAAAGGAGACAGCAUAUGGGAUGUAUUUACAGAUGACAAAGAACGUGUCUUAGACAGAAGCAAUGCAGAAAUUGCAGUUGAUCACUACCAUCGAUACAAGGAAGACAUUGAGCUCAUGGCAAGUCUAGGUUUUAGUGCGUACAGAUUUUCAAUAUCUUGGGCACGUAUAUUUCCUGAUGGCUUGGGGGAAAAGGUCAAUGAGCAAGGAGUCGCCUUCUAUAAUGACCUCAUCAACUUUAUGAUUUCGAAAGGUAUUGAGCCUUACGCAACUCUGUAUCAUUGGGAUCUUCCAAACAAUCUUCAGAAGACUCUGGGGGGCUGGAUUUCUGACAAGAUUGUGGAGUGCUUUGCAUUGUAUGCAGAGGCUUGCUUUGCAAAUUUUGGAGACAGAGUACAGCGUUGGAUAACAAUCAAUGAACCUCUCCAAACUGCAAUCAAUGGUUAUGGGAUUGGAAUUUUUGCACCUGGAGGAUGCCAAGGUGAAACUGCUAGAUGUUACUUAGCCGCCCAUCACCAAAUCUUGGCUCAUGCUGCUGCUGUUGAUGUUUAUAGAAGAAAAUUCAAGGCUGCACAAGGUGGUGAAGUAGGGUUGGUUGUUGAUUGUGAAUGGGCAGAGCCAUUUUCUGAAAAUGUGGAAGACCAAAUUGCUGCAAAACGGAGGAUUGACUUUCAACUUGGAUGGUACCUAGACCCAAUAUAUUUUGGUGAUUACCCAGAAAGCAUGCAGCAGCGACUGGGCAGUGAUCUUCCAACCUUCUCAGAGAAAGAUAAAGAAUUCAUCAGGAACAAAAUUGAUUUUGUUGGACUAAAUCAUUAUACUUCGAGACUCAUUGCUCAUCACCAAAAUCCAGAUGAUGUUUAUUUCUACCAAGUGCAACAAAUGGAGAGAAUAGAAAAAUGGAAUAGUGGUGAAAAAAUUGGUGAAAGGGCUGCAUCUGAAUGGCUUUUCAUUGUUCCUUGGGGGCUUCGUAAAGUACUUAAUUAUAUAGCGAAGAAAUAUAAUAAUCCAGCAAUUUAUGUUACUGAGAAUGGCAUGGAUGAUGAAGAUGAUCAAUCUGCAACGCUUGAACAGGUCCUAAAUGACACGACGAGAGUCGGUUACUUCAAAGGAUACCUCAAUUCAGUUGCACUAGCAAUCAAGGACGGAGCUGAUGUCCGUGGGUACUUUGCGUGGUCAUUCCUGGACAACUUUGAGUGGGCUAUGGGCUACACCAAGAGGUUUGGCAUAGUUUAUGUCGAUUACAAGAAUGGGCUGUCCAGGCAUCCGAAAGCAUCGGCCCUGUGGUUCUCACGCUUCCUGAAGGGCGAGGCAGCCGAAAACAAAGCUGACACAAACUGA